AUGCAUGCACAGUUGGAGGAACAAGAAAACAAAGAAGAAAGGUGGCAGUGGGUGUGGUGUGCGGUGACAGCACGGGAUAGAAGAAAGAACCCUGUGCAUGCAGGCUCGAGAAUCUGUGCAGCUAGCAAACGCCAACUAAUAAAACAAUGCUCAGGUUCCCACAAUUUCAUGAGAUUUGCUGUGAUUUACACGUUGGUGCGCCAAAUAAAUUGCCCUGAUGUUAAGCGAUCAUGGAAUCGGAAAAUCUACAACUUUUCUGAUACAUUCAAAGGAAUGGCAGUUGGAAAUUGGCAAGAGAAUCUUUCUGUGAGUUUCCCGGUGAUUAAGUUCGUGCGAUCAAAGAACUGGUCUAAGACGAAAAACCUCACGUGCAUAGGGCUGUAG